UCCUCUACCUCCUCCCUGCUUCGUGCUAUUCAACAACCACUUCUUUUGUCCCUCAUACUCAUUACCACAUUCGGGGCAUCAUGGCGAAUAAAGCUGCCGUUCCAUUCCUGGUGACGAUGAUGCUCGUCACCGGGGUGUGCAACACCAUCCUCAACAAAUACCAGGACAUGCAAUGCGUGUGGAAUUGCGAUUCGCCCUAUCCCAAAUACCGUCGCACCUUCGAGCAACCCGUUAUCCAGACUAUUCAGAUGUUCACCGGAGAAAUGGGAAGCUGGCUGGUGAUUCUCAUGACCUGGCUGUAUCAACGGUAUCUUGCUCCGCGCUUGUCCAACAACUCUUCGCCUCUUCUAGCUGGCGGUUAUCACCCUGUCAACAAUACGGAAGGACUCGACGAUGAGGAAGAUUAUACCAUCAGAGGGCCAGAAGCCUCAGAUGAUGUCACGAAGCCCGCCACGCUAGCAGACGGUCGCGUUCACCUUCGAGGAUACAAGAUCUUUCUUCUUGCUGCACCAGCGUGCUGCGAUAUCGCGGGCACAACUCUGAUGAACGUCGGGUUGCUCUUUGUUGCUGCCAGUGUCUACCAGAUGACUCGCGGUGCCCUCGUUCUAUUCGUCGGCCUCUUCAGUGUUCUUUUCCUCCACCGCAAACUUUAUCUCUAUCAUUGGUUGGCGCUGUUCAUUGUGGUCUUAGGUGUUGCUCUGGUCGGUCUUGCAGGUGCCCUCUUCGCCGACAACCAAGGGCACGACGUCACCCAAGGAAGUGCUGCCACCGUAGUAACCCAUGCUAUCCGAGAAGUCCAGGCAACAACGCGGUCUCCGGAAGCACUGAAAGCUGUCGUUGGUGUGCUGCUUAUAGCCGCAGCCCAGAUCUUCACUGCGUCCCAAUUCGUUCUGGAAGAGUGGAUCUUGGAAAACUAUGAAAUGGACCCCCUCCAGGUCGUUGGCUGGGAAGGUAUCUUCGGGUUCUCUGUCACCGUCAUUGGCUCGAUCAUCUUGUACUUGACCAUCGGACGUACGGAGGCCGGCCGCUACGGCUACUUCGAUGCAAAGGAAGGAUGGAGCCAGGUUUUCCAUAACCGAGCAAUCGCCAUGUCCAGUUUCUUGAUCAUGAUCAGUAUUGGCGGAUUCAAUUUCUUCGGUCUCUCCGUCACCCGCACCGUAUCCGCUACUUCCCGCAGCACUAUUGACACCUGCCGGACCCUCUUCAUCUGGCUCGUCUCCCUCGCUCUGGGCUGGGAGACCUUCAAGUGGCUACAAGUCGUCGGCUUCGCGCUCCUCGUCUACGGAACCUUCCUCUUCAACGAUAUUGUCCGCCCGCCGCUCAAAGCCUGCCUUCCUAGUUCUCGCCGCGACCGAGAGAUUCUCCUCCCUGAAGAGCCGAUUGAGCAUAUGUAAGUUGUUCGGCUCACUUCAUCUUCGCAUGAUACACAUCACACACACCCAACUCGAAACCAAGAGUACGUCACCUUGAUCGGUGACGUCACAUGUCUCUUGUCCUUGACGGACCAGACACCGCUACAGGUUUUGUUUGAUACCGGAUAU